AUGUCUUUAUCAACAACAUGCAACAUUGAUAUUCUGUAUCUGCUUCAAAACAACGUUACGAUCACUGAUCCUGCUUUCAAAUUUUUCAUUGAAUCACUCUCUCCAACAAACUCAUCCAGCGCUCCAUCCUGUGAAGAAAAGUCCUUUUCCGAUUGUAAAUACAUUAACUAUUAUUCUCUCGGCUUAUCAAUCAUGACUAAACAAGACAUGAAAACCAUAGAUACCGUAUUUUGCUAUUCGGAAAAAGAUAAAACGUUUAAACCCUAUUGUGGUCCAUUGCCUCUGUCUCUUUCUCUUAAAGAAAACAAUGUUCAAGUGUUGAAACGAUUUAACAGAGAACCAGAUGCAAAAGGAGGUGGUAAAUACAAAUCGACUCCAAUUUGGAUUGAGUUUGCUGUCAAGUUAGAGUCUACUUGUCCCAAGUUAUUGGAUAUUACAUUUAAUUUUACAAAUUCUGAUUGGAAUGAUUUAGAAAAUCCAAUUCAUUUUCUCACCUUCUUUUUGAAAUAA